AUGAGCAACUUGGCAACACUGGCAGAAAUUGAGAGGGAUUUCUCAGCAUCAUCAAAAAACCAAAUCAAACAACUUAACUUUGAAUAUAAUAAUGUUGAUGAUGAUAAAUAUUUAGCAGCAUAUGCGGAUAAAUAUAGAAACGAUGAAUUAUUAAUUGAUGAUGUAGAAUUAGAAGAAGCCGAACUGGAAGCCUAUAAAAACCUGAUGGAAGCCCAAAGAAGAAUCGAGAAAAUGGAAAAUGGUGAAGGUGAAGACUCGGCUUCAAUUUCCCAAAUGUUUUUGAGAGAUACAAAGGAAGUUUUUGAUGUUGAUGCUGUUAAAGCUUGUAUGAACAAAUUACCUAUUCAAACAAAGAAUUUGGAUUGGGUUUUUACUUUACAACUUACAUCACCUACACCUGUGAAAGUUGAAAAUCAUGAAGAUGAUAUUGAUAGAGAAAUUCAAUUCUAUAAUCAAGCUGUCACUAGUGCUAAGGAAGGUUUUAAACAAUUACACACAUUGGGAAUUGCUAUUCACAGACCAGAUGACUAUUUUGCUGAAAUGGUCAAGUCUGAUGAACAUAUGGCCAAGAUUAGAAACAAAUUGGUUCAAUCUAGAAAGGUCAUUGAAGAAAGAGAAAAGAGAAGACAAAGAAAGGAACAACAAAAGAUCGGAAAACAAUUAAAAGCUGAAAGAAUUAAGGAAAAGAUUCAUCAAAAGAAGACUGAUAUUGAUGCUAUUGACCAUUGGCGAAGAACUCAUUCAGGAAGUGGUAAAGAAUUUGAUGUUGAUAAGGCUACUGAAGAAUAUAAAAAGAUACAAGGAUUGUCUGAUAAAAAGGAAAGAUUCUCUAAAGGUGGAGCUCAACAAAAGAAGAAUAAUGCCAUCUCCAAGAAGAGACCAGGUAAAAGGUCGAGAGGCAAGUAA